UCCAACUCAAAACCACACUACAAUGCUACUCGUCUAUCGUAUUGGCUUGGAUCCAACAUUCUACACUUCGCAUGACUUCAUUCUGCACCACCCAUUAAAUAACUUGAUUGAAAUUUGAACAAAAGAAAAAGAAAAUGGCUGCAGCCACCUGCCUGCAACAUGUGGGUACACCACCGUCAGUCAAUCUCCAGCAGAAGCAGCAUCACCACCAGCCGACAAAGCAAAAAACAGUGAUGAUGGGGCUUGGAACCGGAUGGUCUUCUUUGAAAUGUAAAAAUGGAAGACGAGUGGGUGGGGUAGUGAGGUGUAGUGGGAUAGGAAUAGAGGACUUCAUAGGAGGGGAUUUGGUCAAGUUUGAUUUAGGACGUUGGCUAUCAGAUGUGGAAGAGCACAAGGCCCUUGCCAUUUACACUCCUCAUGAAGGAGGCUAUGAGGGCCGUUACUUUACUCGACUCAGGUACCAAGGCUACUACUUCCUAGACCUCACUGCUCGUGGCCUUGGUGAUCCUGAGACAACUCUUACCAAGAUUCACCCUGUUUGCCCUGCACAUCUUGGGAAGCAGCCCAUUGCAAGGUGGUACUUUCCACCAGAAGUUGAUUACCGACUAGCUGCUCUGCCCCCAGAUGCCAAAGGACUUAUCGUCUGGAUAAUUGAAGCCAAGGUUCUGUCAAAGGCUGAACUGCAGUUUCUGGCAUUGCUUCCCUCGCUUCGGCCUAAAGUCAGGGUCAUUGCUGAAUGCGGAAACUGGAGAAAAUUCAUGUGGAAGCCACUCAAGGAGAUUGCAGGACUUACCACGCAAAUGAAGCUUGAGUAAUUACUUCAAAGGGACCAGAGAGGGACAUCCAAACAGUAUCAACCCUGUGCAUCAGUUCUGAUCUUGCACUUUACCUCAAAGGCUUCGCUGCAAUUACGGAGGAGACAAUGUUGAUAAAAUUGACUUCCAUCAACCAUACUUGUCCCACAAAUUUCAGAAUAUUUAUAUUGACUAUACCAAAUGUCAAUAUAUAACUAUGUUAGAUCCAAUAAAAAUCAACCAUGAUUAUUUGAUUCA